AUGUACUCCGUCUGGACGCGUGCGAAUGCCGUGUUUUACACGUCACUAGUGACACUGACCAUCAUGUGCGCGCUUACUACAAUCAGUACAUUCUUGCAUGAGUCUUCUCCGAUCGUGCGGCGUCUGGAACUCGUCCAACUGCACUCGUUGCGCAACUACCGAGACAAAGUGGAUCGUGCUACGCUCUCGUUUAAUCUGGACGCCGACUUGAGCUCUGUAUUCAACUGGAACGUCAAGCAACUUUUCGUGUACGUGACGGCCGAGUUUGAGAGCGCCAGCAACGCCCGGAACCAAGUUGUGAUCUGGGACAAGAUCGUGGAGACCAAGGAGGUCGCAAGUCAGCUGCAAUUUCAGGAUGAGGACGUCAAGUACUUUAUGGCGGACCAGCAUGAUGAGUUGCGUGGUGCCAAUGUGACGCUCAGACUCGAGUGGGACAUCAUGCCCGUGUGUGGCCGUCUCUUUGUGCACUCGAGCAACAUUACGGCCAACUUUGUGCUACCAGAUAAGUACCAAGGCAAGGCUGCCAAGACUAGCGGCUACUUCUAA